AGCGGUGCUUCUGCUGCCGCCGCCGCCGCCGCCACUGUUGGAUGUGGGUCCGUCAUGGCGCUGGAGACCCUCUCGCCGGAUUGGGAAUUCGACCGCGUUGACGACGGCUCUCAGAAAAUCCAUGCUGAAGUGCAGUUAAAGAACUAUGGGAAAUUCCUUGAAGCAUAUACUUCCCAGCUGAAGAGAAUUGAAGAUGCAUUGGAUGAUUCCAUUGGAGAUGUUUGGGACUUCAAUCUUGACCCCAUUGCAUUAAAUCUUUUGCCUUAUGAACAGUCUUCCUUACUUGAACUCAUAAAGACAGAAAACAAGGUUCUGAACAAAGUCAUCACUGUAUAUGCUGCUCUUUGCUGUGAAAUCAAAAAGUUAAAACAUGAGGCAGAAACGAAGUUUUAUAACGGCCUCCUGUUUUAUGGUGAAGGAACUGUGGAUUCCAGUAAGGUGGAAGGAGAUAGUCAAAUACAGAUGGGAAGAUUUAUUUCAUUUCUCCAGGAGCUGUCUUGUUUUGUGACACGGUGCUAUGAAGUGGUGAUGAACAUAGUGCACCAGUUAGCUGCCCUUUAUACCAGUAACAAGAAUACACCUAAAGUGAUAGAGACUUCAGGAGUUCAUUUUCAGACUAUGUAUGAACAUCUUGGAGAACUACUGACAGUUCUACUUACACUUGAUGAGAUAGUAAAUAAUCAUGCAACCCUGAAAGAUCACUGGACUAUGUACAAAAGACUAUUAAAAUCUGUCCAUCACAAUCCUCCUAAAUUUGGAAUCCAAGAAGAUAAACUGAAACCAUUUGAAAAAUUGUUGUUAAAAUUAGAAAGUCAGCUAUUGGAUGGCAUGAUAUUCCAGGCUUGCAUAGAACAGCAAUUUGAUUGUCUCAAUGGAGGCGUGUCAGUUUCAAAGAACAGCAUAUUUGCUGAAGAGUUUGCACAUAGUAUUCGUACAAUUUUUGCAAAUGUUGAAGCUAAACUCGGUGAACCUUCUGAAAUUGACCAGCGAGAUAAGUAUGUUGGAAUUUGUGGUCUCUUUGUACUACAUUUUCAGAUUUUUCGAACUGUAGAUAAGAAAUUUUACAAAUUGUUACUGGACAUUUGCAAAAAGGUGCCGGCUAUCACACUAACAGCUAAUGUCAUUUGGUUUGCUGACAACUUUUUGAUUCAGAAGAUGCCAGCUGUUGCCAAGCUUCUGGACAGAAAAAGUUUUCAUGCAAUUAAAUUACAGAGAGAAAGUUUUUUACAGCAAAAGGCUCAGUUGCUUACAAAAGAAAUGCAAACUUAUUAUGUAUUUGUGAGCUCCUGGAUGAUGAAAAUGGAAUCUCUUUUGUCAAGGGAACAAAGGAUGGAUAAAUUUGCUGAAGACCUCAGUAAUAGAUGCAAUGUUUUUAUACAGGGCUUUCUCUAUGCUUACAGCCUUAGAAACAUAGUCACAACUACAAUGAAUCUGCAUAUGUCAAUGCAGAAGCCAAUGACUAAAACCUCAGUUAAAGCAUUAUGCAGGCUUGUGGAACUACUCAAAGCAAUAGAAUAUACAUUUUACAGAAGAAGUAUGACUGUUGCUGAUUCAGUCACACAUAUAAUUCAGCAUCUUCAGCAUCAGGCUCUCAAUGCCAUUGCUGUAGCCAAGAAAAGAGUAAUUUCUGACAAAAAGUACAGUGAACAGCGCCUUGAUGUACUUUCUGCUCUUGUCUUGGCUGAAAACACCCUUAAUGGCCCUAGCACAAAACAGAGGAGACUCAUAAUUUCUCUUGCCCUCAGUGUGGGCACACAAAUGAAAACGUUUAAAGAUGAAGAACUCCUUCCUCUUCAAGUAGUUAUGAAAAAGUUGGCCUUAAUCAGUGAACUUAGGGAACGAGUCCAAGCACAGUGUGAUUGUUGCUUUUUGUACUGGCACAGAACAAUAUUUCCAAUUUAUUUGGAUGAUGUUUAUGAAAAUGCAGUGGAUGCUGCGAGAUUACAUUAUAUGUUUAGAGCAUUGCGGGAUUGUGUACCAGCUAUGAUGCACUCAAGGCAUUUGGAUUCCUUUGAAAUACUCCUAGAAAGCUAUGACAGAGAAAUCAUGGAUGUUUUCAAUAAGCACCUUCUAGACAAGUUAUGCAAAGAAAUUGAAAAGGAUUUGCGCCUGUCAGUACACACGCACUUAAAACUAGAUGACCGAAAUCCAUUCAAAGUUGGAAUGAAGGAUCUUGCUCACUUCUUCUCUUUAAACCCAAUUCGCUUUUUUAAUCGGUUCAUAGAUAUCAAAGCUCAUGUGACUCAUUACCUAGACAAGACUUUUUACAAUCUAACUACAGUAGCUCUGCAUGACUGGGCCACUUACAGUGAAAUGAGGAAUUUAGCAACUCAGCGCUAUGGUUUAAUUAUGGCAGAAGCACAUCUUCCAAGCCAGACUUUAGAACAGGGCUUGGAUGUACUAGAAAUUAUGAGAAAUAUUCAUGUAUUCGUAUCCCGAUACCUGUACAAUCUCAAUAAUCAGAUCUUCAUUGAAAGAAUUAGCAAUAACAAACAUCUGAACACAAUAAAUAUAAGACACAUAGCUAAUUCAAUUCGAACACAUGGCACAGGAAUCAUGAACACAACAGUAAAUUUCACAUACCAGUUUCUGAGAAAGAAAUUUUACAUCUUCAGUCAAUUUAUGUAUGAUGAGCACAUCAAAUCCAGAUUGAUCAAAGAUAUACGAUUCUUUAGAGAAAUUAAGGAUCACAAUGAUCAUAAGUAUCCAUUUGAGAGAGCAGAGAAAUUCAAUCGGGGGAUCAGAAAACUUGGGAUUACACCAGACGGACAAAGUUAUCUUGACCAAUUCAGGCAAUUGAUUAGCCAGAUAGGGAACGCUAUGGGCUAUGUACGAAUGAUAAGAUCUGGUGGACUUCACUGCUGUAGCAGUGCAAUUAGAUUUGUUCCUGAUCUUGAAGAUAUUGUCAACUUUGAAGAACUUGUGAAAGAAGAAGGUCUGUCAGAAGAAACACAACAAGCAGCUAGGCAGCUGGAUUCUGUACUUAGCGAUCUCACCUGCAGCUCUGCAGAAGGUACAGAGUACUUCAAGAUGCUUGUGGAUGUCUUUGCUCCUGAAUUCCGCAGUCUAAAGAACAUGCAUCUACGCAAUUUUUAUAUCAUUGUUCCCCCGCUGGCACUCAAUUUUAUCGAACACUCAAUCAGUUGUAAAGAGAAACUGAACAAAAAGAACAAAAUUGGCGCAGCUUUUACUGAUGAUGGCUUUGCUAUGGGUGUGGCUUACAUUUUGAAACUCUUGGACCAGUACCAAGAAUUUGAUUCCCUCCACUGGUUCCAGUCGGUACGAGAGAAAUAUGUGAAAGAAAUCAGAGCAUUAGCAAAACAGCAGAAUGUCCAAUCAGCUAGUCAAGAUGAGAAGUUGCUACAGACCAUGAAUCUUACUCAUAAGCGACUGGAAGUCUGUUUGCAGGAAUUUGAACUGCUUUAUUUCUCACUAAGCAGUGCAAGGAUCUUUUUUAGAGCAGAUAAAACUGCAGCAGAAGAAAACCAAGAUAAAAAAGACAGUGAAGAAGAAUCCACAAAAACAAGCAACGACCUUUCAAAUUCUUCUUCUGCAGAUCCUCUUGUAAAAUGAGAGCUCUGAACUCUAGAGCAACUGUGAUUUGUUGAAAUUGAUGGGACCAGAUUGACAUAGAACAUCCACCUCAUCGGUCUGAUAGCGAUCCAGACGUGCUGUGAAAUAUCACAUAAUUUAUUGUAAUACUCACUCAGCACAGUAUUUGGAGUUCCAGACACAUAUGCUAUUUUGAUCUAAGAUGUGAUUGAAAAGGGGGCAAAUUUGUUAUUAGAAAGUUUUAAAAUAUUCUUAUACCUAAUGGAUUCAAUAAUACUAAAUGCAUCAAAUUACAUCCUUAAUAUGGUUGUUACUGCUUGUUUUCCUAGUGCAUAUAAUUCCCCUUGGAAAAAAAAAACCCUGUCUAAUUCAUAGACUUUACCAAUUAAACUGCUGACUUAAAUGGACAACUUGUAUUGUCCCAGAGACUGUAUAAGCAUACUAAGCUUAAGGUAGCUAUGUGCUGUAAUAAACAUACUCAUUUUCAUA